UGUCUAUCUAAGACAUCUGAAAUAAGUUUAGAAAUUUUUUUAUUUUUUACAGUAGACUUAAACAGACACUGAAACAGACACUUGUUUAUUGAUCACGUGACAAUGAAAAAUCGUUUUCGGAGGAGUGAUUGAGACGCGAUCUGGCAACCCUGAUGUGGUAUGAAAGUCUGGACUGGAGGAAAGAAGGCAAACAUUUGAGAUGAUGAUGUGAGCACAUGGAGAGGAAAUAAAUCAGCUCGAACAUCAGUCUGGCUAAGGUGGACACACGUCUGGAUCUUUUUUUUUUUUUUAGACAGAACAGACGGCUUGUCAUCAUCAAGUGCCAAAUGCCGAGACUAGAAGUUCGCUGUUGGAGCUGCAGCGGCGUUAAAGCGAAAGAUUUGACACAUUUGUUGCUCUGGAUGGCGUCGAAAACGGGUGAAAUGAUGUCCAUGGUGACUUCAGUGCUGCUCCAUGUCCGCUCUGCUCAUUUAAUCCGGCGUGGACUCGUUUUAUUCGCGGUCGGUGUGUUUUUAGCGCUGGUGCUGUAUUUCCUGCAGAUCCAGCGGAAGGACGCUGAUGAAGUGCUGGAUACUUUGUUUUCUUCAGCCUGGUGGAUUCCUCUGUGCUGCGGAACAGCUGCUGCCGUGGUUGGUUUGUUGUACCCGUAUCUGGACAGCCAUCUUGGAGAGCCGCACAAGUUUAAGCGCGAGUGGGCGAGUGUCAUGCGCUGCAUCGCCGUGUUCGUGGGCAUCAACCACGCCAGUGCCAAGCUGGACUUUGUGAAUAACGUGCAGCUGUGUCUCACUCUGGCUGCUCUGUCUCUGGGUCUGUGGUGGACAUUUGAUCGCUCGAGGAGUGGAUUCGGUUUGGGCCUUACCACAGCGUUUUUCGCCACGCUCAUCACCCAGCUGUUGGUCUACAACGGCGUCUACCAGUUUCCAUCUCCGCAGUUGGGCUACGUUCGCUCCUGGCUGCCCUGCAUCUUCUUCUCUGGAGGAGUGACGGUGGGGAAUAUCGGCAGGCAGCUAGCUAUGGGUACGAACGAGAAACCUCACCACGACUAGGGACCCUAAACACCACGGCGAGGAGGAAUGAGACGCUUCCCGUGGCAUUUUUUUUUCCCCCCCUCCUAAUCUCUCAUUCGUGUCAAUGAGGGAGAAGGAAGGAAGGAAGGCGGACUGCGUGUGCCCUACGGACGCGAGGCAAACCAGAACUCUGCAUUAACGUCACCGUUUGAGUGUUCGUGAUGGCGUGGGAAACUUAUGGAGUGAACUUCCUGUCGAAAAGUAGCUGUACAUGAGAGCAGGUCAUUUUAUUUUAUAAAUCCAGAGUCCGAUUUGGAAAUCUGUAAUGUUACUUUUUUUUUUAAAGGUAAGCCCCGCCCCCUCACUAUAAUAGCGCUGUCUAUUUAUCUAUGUGGCUCUUCCAUCUUAUAUCUCCAGAACAAACACCUGGCUCCGCCCCCUUAAAAUGUUACAAUCUGGAGUUUUCCACUCCAGAAAAGUUACUUCUGAUUCGUAACGAGGCUUUGCGUCUGUCACAUGACGUCUGGUGAUGGAUUUGCAAUUGGUAAGCUCAUGACCUCGACAUUGCAGUUACUUUCUAAAAGAGCUCCAUAGAGUUACAUAGCACAGCUGGGUCCAGUUGUUCACUUUUUCUUCAACAGUGUGUGAGUGAGAUGCUGCAGAUCUUAAUAUCUAGACUGACUCUGAAAGAGAGAGAGGAUUGUGUGUGAGAGAUGGUGGCCAAAAACGUGCUUCAUUAUUAUUAUUAUUUUUUUUUUUUUGACUUUAUGCUGGAAAACGACGCUAAACAAAAAGGGAAAAGUUUCAAGGCUGCACAAAAAUGUCCGCCAUCCAAACAGGAGGGUUAAACGUUUGCUGAUAGUUAUUGCUCUUAAUAAACAUUUUAUUAAUAGUGUUACUUUAGUGAGACUCGUUUGCCAAAUGAAAUAUUCUCUUAUUAUUCAUUUCGUUAUCUCUAGCCGCUUUAUCCUGUUCUACAGGGUCGCAGGCAAGUUGGAGCCUAUUAUUGUUAUUAUUUAACGGCUCGUCAUAAGGAACGGGUUUUGAUGCCAGGUUAAUUCAUAUAGGCCUUUAGGUAUGUAUUGAUUUAUCAAAGAUGCGAUAUAUCGUGAUGUUCAACAUGAAACCUGUUCACAGGCUUACGACGGAUACACCAAGGUUUUAAAAAAAAGUUACGUGUUUUAAUAUCACAAUAGCACUCGUGUAUUUAAAAAAUAACAAAACCCACACACAAGGUCUUUUUUUUUCUUUUUUUAACUGCAGCCUUGAAGAUUUUGCAAUCUGUGAUUGCAUUUUGUAUUAUAGAACGAGUGCUUUUGUCACUUUUUUCCUUUUCCUGUUUGUUCAUUGUAUUGUCUUUUGCUCAUGUGUAACUUUUUUUUUUUUUUUAAAUUAAUCACACAAAAAUGUGCUGUAUUUUCCAGAAUGUGAGUUCAAAUUCACAUCUCAACUUUCCAGCCAAAAGUCCGAGGCACGUCUAAACUAAGCUUUCGACCAAAAAUGGCUUUUUUUUUUUUUUAAUAAAUUUAAAAAAACACGGUAAGCAUUAAGCCAUGAUAAAUGAAACAAAGUCGAUAUUUGGUGUGAGACGAAAUUCCCUUUGCUUUAGUCUCGGGUCCAGUGAGUGCCAUUUUAUAAGGAAAUGAGCUGUAGGUUUUCCUGAGCAUCUUCCAGAACCAGCGUCUGGACACUUUGACUGUCACACUCGCAUCUUCAUUUUGCACAAGUAGCCUUCAUUAUGUUUUUUUGUUUGUUUGUUUUUUUAAUCUGAAAAGUGCUUUCUUAUGGAAUAUACUGCUCAGAUGUAUUACAAACAUUUUUUCCUGUAACAUUUCAUUUUGUGCUGGACGUUUGGAACUCUAAAAUGCUUUUGUAAUGCUGUCGAAAUCAUAAAAUGGAAAUCUAAAAGCUUGGAUUAUAAAAAAAGCAAGAUAUAAAAUUGCUGGCAAGACUUCGCAAAAAUUCAAGUGCAAGCAGCCGUUCUAAGGACUGUAAAGUAUUUCCUCAAUUCGAUUUACAUCAUUUUGACCAGGUUUGACAUAAUACCCGACGCUCCUCCUCGGCCAACCAGAAAAGUAUUUUCAUUGUCUUUGUGAUAUAUUAAAAAAAAAAAGCACACACACAUAUCUAUAAGAAGGAAUUUAUAAAGUUGCACCUAAUAAUAUUCUGGAAAAUGCAGCAAUUUUAGGACCUUGAGCAAAGAUUUUAAGUGCAAUCAGUUCUAACGAACCUUGAUAUUUAUUUUGAUGUUUUUGUUUCGUAAAGGAUCGUAUGCAGUACGAAGAAGCAAUAACUCUUGUUCGGAAUGAGUUUACGUUCACGCACAAACUGAUUUUAACGACACCAAUGACCACUUCUACUGUUCUGAAUAAAAAGUGUGUAUUGUUAUACUUUUUUGUCCUGUUGUGUAGGAUUGUGGAGGUGUGUGUGUGCGGAAUCGGCUGAAAGAGUUUUAAAAAAAAAAAAUUAGCGUGACUCGCUAACAGGACUUCAGUUCAGGGAAACGAUGAAGAUUCAAAGUGAAUGAAGGCUUUAUUUUAUUUAAGGAAUGAGGUGGUUUUGUUUUUUUUUAUGAUUGUAGUUGCAUGAUUUCUACUACAUUGUCUACAAAAUAAAGUGAAGUUGAAAGUG